ACGAGUGGGCCUAAAAGAUGACGUGGUAAAAAACUAUUGGCUUACACAUAUAGAGAGCGGGCGAGCCAUAAGAGACAGAGAGAGAGAAAGAAAAGAGAGAAAGGGACUUGGGCUCUCCUCUCUGGGUCUAGCCUGAGGGGCGUUGCGGGGGGUUUUUGAUUGGAUUGGUGGUGGUGCUUCCUUUUAGUGUGUAUUUUCAGAGGCGGAGAAAGUGGCCUCUCUCUCUGUCUCUGUCUUCUCUCCCUCUCUCUCUUUGCCUGUUUCAGGGCAUGGAAGAAGAGCUGGCCAUGCUUAGGCAACUAAUCGGUCAGCUUCAAGACCUCUUGAAUCUCUACGGCUCUCCUCCUCCUCCUUUUCAUCUCCAUCACCAGCCGUUUCUCGAGCUCCACCACAACCAUAACGACAAUCACAACAGAUGGUGCAUCCUUGAUAUCCAUGAUGGUUCUGCAGAUGGUUACUGUGAUCUUGUGAUGGCAGCUGGAAAAUCUGGAAGUUUCAAGAUGUUGGAACCUUCCAAGCCUCCUCCCAUGAAGAAAUCUAGAAAGGAGAGGAAUCGAGGGAAGUUACUAGGAACUACUGAUACGACUGAGAUCAUGGAACAAGAAGUGUGGAAAGAAUUUCCAGAGGACCUUUUCGAAGCUGUCAUUGCUAGGCUUCCCAUUGCAACAUUUUUCCGCUUUCGCACAGUUUGUCGAAAAUGGAAUUCCUUGCUGGACUCUGAGAGCUUCUCUCAGCAUUGUGCUCAAGUUCCACAUUCCAAUCCCUGGUUUUACACUAUUACUCAUGAAAAUGUGAAUUCUGGAGCAAUGUAUGAUCCUUCCUUGAAGAAAUGGCAUCACCCUACUAUUUCUUCUCUACCCACUAAGAUGAUUGUCUUGCCAGUUGCUUCUGCAGGGGGUCUGGUGUGCUUUAUUGAUAUUGGUCACAGAAACUUCUAUGUUUGCAACCCUCUGACCCAGUCUUUCAAAGAGUUGCCAGCCAGGUCAGUUAAGGUCUGGUCGCGAAUUGCUGUGGGGAUGACAUUGAAUGGAAAUGCAAUCGGUGGGGGCUACAAGAUCCUAUGGGUUUGCUGUGAUGGAGAGUAUGAGGUUUAUGAUUCAAUGAAGAAUUCUUGGACUCGACCAGGAAGCAUGCCUUCUAAUAUUAAGCUACCACUAUCUCUGAAUUUCCGAUCACAAGCAGUUUCUAUUAAUGACACAGUCUAUUUCAUGCGUUCAGACCCUGAAGGGAUAGUGUCCUACAACAUGAUUACUGGGGUCUGGAAACAGUAUAUAAUACCAGCCCCACCCCAUCUGAAUGACCACACACUUGCAGUGUGUGGUGGCCGAAUCAUGCUUGUGGGAUUGCUAACAAAGAAUGCGGCCACAUGCGUGUGCAUAUGGGAGCUGCAGAAGAUGACUCUCUUGUGGAAGGAGGUUGACAGAAUGCCAAACAUAUGGUGCUUGGAAUUUUAUGGGAAGCACGUUAGGAUGACUUGCUUGGGCAACAAAGGUUUGCUCAUGUUGUCUUUGAGAUCCAGACAAAUGAACCGACUAGUUACAUACAAUGUGAAAAGCAGGGAAUGGCUAAAGGUUCCUGGUUGUUUGGUGCCACGUGGGAGGAAGCGGCAGUGGAUUGCCUGCGGCACUGCCUUCCACCCAAGCCUUGCUGCUAUAGCUUGAUGUAUACAUUGCCUUUGGGUAUUGUAGCAGCGUUUUCACGUUAGUGGAGGGGGUUCUAGACUUCAGUGUUGGUCUUUUGGUCAGUCACUUGGCUGCACAAGCUGUUGCGGCUAUUUUAUACCCAGCACAACUUUAUUAUUUUAAUGAAGCAGAUAAUCCUUGGAAUGAUUGUACAAACACGUUGAAAAAUAACUUUUGAUGGGAAAGACUACGUUUUAUAUGCUGCUCAAAAAUAGCUGGUUUAUAGUUAUGUAUGUUUCAGAGCAAAGGGAGCUAUAAAAUGUGCCUCCCAUUUAUGAUAUGAUGGCUUGCAUUUUUGUUGA